ACCCCUCGUCGCCACCCCGCUCGCGGCGGUCACAGUAAGCAAGGCAACAUUACAUUAAUUAUUCAAAUUCCCAAGCAUUUUCACGGCUUUCCCAACGGAAAACCGUUUAGUAGAGCGUCGUUCGUUCGAUACGCACGAUCCGAAGAACUUUUCACUGUUAUAGGUUGACGAGAUCUUUUCUCGAUCGGUUUAUAUGGUCCGGCCAGUGUGAUGACGAUGUAGUGUCUAUGUAGCUAACUACGUCUACUGUACAAGUCUAACAGUAACAAGUGAUAGGUCGGUGAAGUUUCCAGUUUUUCAGAUGCGCGAAACGUCUUUAACGUCGCGUCAUCCGCGGUUCUGCUUGCAUCCCUGGGACUUAAGGACCCUACUUAAUUAUACUUAGAUAAAAAGAGGGAUUUUGGAAUAUGGGCAUCUGUUUGGAUACUGAACAAAGUGAUGGUGCACAAGCAUUCGAAGAAGGUAGAGACACUUGGGUGAGGAACAGCGCUCAUGAAGAUCCUCGUUCCGUUGCUACACCACCAGACGGACGAUUUCCGAUGCUUAAUAGAAGUCCCGUUAAUUUUGAAUCACCUAAAGUGCCAGUUAUAUUUGUUCUUGGCGGCCCUGGAAGCGGGAAGGUGACACAUUGUGAUAAUUUGAUGCAAGAGAAGAAAGGCAUUAUACACAUCAACAUGACGGAUCUGCUGCAGCAGUACGCAAUUGGUAAUGACAUGCAAGAUUUCGGUAUGCUGUCCAGCAAAACGGUCACGGAAGUGCUGAUGCUUGAAAUGAAGAUGGCUCCGAUGGCGAAAACUUACCUCGUUUCUGGGUAUCCUAGGAACAUGAGGGAUGUCGUCGAAUAUUCAGAAAAGAUCCAAGUGGUGAAUGGGGCGAUCUUGAUUUCAUGGAGACAGAAGGUGUUAGAAAGACAGAUUGAUUACGGUGCCAAAUUAGGACAGGUCGUCCUAUCCUUAGCUCGAAUGGAAUUGUCAAAUUUUUAUAAGAAUGUGAUGCCAGUCGCCGAUUAUUUUGACCAGAGCAACAUGUUAAUAUCGGUGAAUGGAGAAAGGCAUCCGGGUGAUGUGUAUAAGGACUUCAGGGCUUCGGUAUUCCGGAUACUGGGAAUGCAACCUGUUCAGACGCUACCGCAGCCUUCGAUGCCAAUACAAGAAGCACCGAAGCAGACAAAUGGUGGACCACCAAAGCAAGCGAACGGUGGUCCGCCAAGGCAAUUAAACGGUGCACCACCAAAGCAGAUGAAUGUCGAUACUCCCAGACCUCAGACCCAGGUUAUAUCGGUGUCUUCGAAGGAGAUGCCACCCACUUACCAAUCCCCCAUCAAACCCGGAUGGCCACCAGUGCUUUGGGUUAUCGGUGGACCGGGAAGCAACAAAGCGGCGUUGUGUAUACACGCUGCCAAAGAUACCGGAUGGACACACAUAAGCUUGGGCAGACUUCUUCGUGCCGCUGCUGAACCACCCGAUCCGAAACCAGGAAGCGAUCCUGCCAAGAUAAGAGAUUGCAUAGCAGGAGGAGAGAUGGUACCUCUCGACAUUAUCAUGAAGGUCGUCGAAUCCCAUAUGGCUUCUAACAUGGAUGCGCAGGGAAUUAUCCUGGAUGGAUUCCCCAGAGAUAUGGCUCAAGCCACGGAAUUUGAAGCAAAAUAUAAACAGAAACCCACGAUCAUUCUUCUGGACUGCUCUAAAUUGCAACUGGGAAGAGGGAGAUUGGAUGACAGUGUAACGGCCUUUCGAAGACGCCUGGAGAUUUUCCGGCAGUCAUCAUUGCCAAUGUUGAAAGCCAUGGACAACAUUGGAAGGCUAACAAUAGUUGAUGGUGAUACUGACACCCAACCAGUCCAGGAAGACUUCAAAAACGUCGUCAAGGAGCACAUCCGGUACAUCAAGGAAAACUCGAUCACUUCGAAUGGAAACGGCGUUGCAAACAGUAGACCACUCCCAAACGGCAUUCCCAUGCCAAACCAAAACGGCGUUGGGCCACGAAAGAAUUCCGUAACAAUCCAUGAUUUGGAGUCGGACCCCAUCCAGACCAUCAGCAGGCAUGUGGCUCAGGAAAACGGGAUCGUCCGAAAUGGAGUUGCAAGAGUUACUAAUGGUUUUGCAAAUGGACACGUCGAGUACAUGCAAAACGGCUUCGGCAGGAACAAGUACACCGAUUUGAACGCCGAACGACAGGAGAACAUUAGGCAAAUGUACGGAGAAGUAAAUUACAUGGACGGACAUAUUUGAAGUGAUCGAAAUUGUGAUACAAAAAGAAAAAACGAAACCAACGAAAUUAUACAACAAAUAUUACAAAAACUUUAAAAUUAAACGAAUACGGUGUGCUCAAGUAUUAGAAAAAUCAUAAAAAAGCAACUUUUAUAUAGUUAAUAUUUAUAUAUAUAAAAAAAAGAAGAAAUGGAACAAAGCAGUAUUUUAGUAUACUAUAUAGUAUGUAGUGAUACACAUCCGCGGGCGGAUCAUCGAUUAAUUAUUAUAGUUCUAUAAAGAUACAUUCGUAUAUUUAUAAUUAACAAAAUAAUUAUACGCAUAUGAUAAGUAAAACGUGGCAAAAUAAUUUUAAUGAACCUUCAAAAGGAUAUUAUUUUAUUUCGACAUUUACUAAAUGCA